AUGUCUUCAAUUGAUUUAUCUCCAGAGGAUCAUAAUCAAUCAAUAAACUAUCGUUCAUUAGAAGAAUUAGUUUAUAAUGAUGAUUUUGAGGAUAUUGCCACCAUCAAGAUGUGGUGUGAAAAAUUGCAAAAUUUUAAGCUGGAAGGUACAGAAAGCAUGUACGAACUUCAAACUUUGGUUAAUGGACUAAGCUAUCUUAUGAGUUACAUGUUCACAGCAGCUGAAGAACUGAAAGAGGUUGCUGAAAGAGAAACAUCAGCUAUGGCAGAAAGAGAAGAUCAGUGGGAAGAAGAGAAACAAGAACUUAAGGAAGAAUUGGAGACUUUGCGAGAGCGAAUAACAUCUCGAGCUGAUGCUGGAGAAUCUAGUGAAGCUUUCAGAGCACAAAUCAACAGUUUGAAAGAAGAAAAUCGAGCCCUGCAACAGUUGAGCAGAGAUAGAGAUAGGCAGAUGGCAGAUCAAGGGGAUAGAUUUGAAGCUUUAGUCGCACGAGUCGAUGCCCUCACUAGGGAACGAGAUACUCUUAUCGAUUAUCGAGCACAAUCAGAAGAUACAAUCAGUGAACUGCGUCGGAGAAUUUUUGCAAAAACAGAAGAAUCUACAAAUGAAUGGGAAACAAAGAAACUCAAGUUACGUAAUGAACAAGCUGUAACGUUGAGUCGACAGAUGCAGGCAGUCGUUGCCCAAAACGAUGAGCUCCGUGCAGAAGUAACGAAAGUGAGUAAUGCUCUUGAAGAAGCUACCAAACUCAUGGAGGAAAGCUCAAUAAGAAUUUCAAAACUGAAAGAAGAUUUGUUGGGGGCAGAAGAGAGAGAAGCUGAGCUUAGUAAUGAAAACGGCAUUUUGUUGGAAAAACUAGAAGAGUAUUCAUCGAAAACUGAACAAAUGGAAAAUGAGGCGUUGGAUUCAGAGUCAGGCAUGAAGAAUUUAAUAAUGGGGCAGAGUGGAGUGAUUGAAGAACUCAAAGAUGAACUCGAAAUGGCUGAAAGGGAGCUGAUGUAUCUGAGAGAAAAAAUAGCAUCUGAUAUGACUCAAGAGAAAGAGUUAGAACUGGAGAAGCUGAAAGAAGAAUUGGUGGAAGCAACGAAAAUGGCUCGAGAACUGUUCGGAGAACAUAUCCAAUCAAAAGGAAUCAAUGAAGAUCAAACAGCCAACUUGCGCAUACGUUUAGUGCAAUUAGAGCAGAAGCUACGAAAAGGAUCUGCACAGAAUGACGAACUUCAAAAGAGUCAAAAAAAUCUGGAGGAUGAAUUGGUAAAGAAGGAUGAAAGUCAUGCCUCCCUCGCAGCUGAAAUCGAACGGCUACGAGAGCUUAAAUUUGGAGAUGCUCGUGGAGAAGUCAAAAGAUUGGAGACUCAACUGAAGCUCAGAGAAAUUCAGAUAAGCAAAAUGACAAACUUCUGUACGAUGCUGCAAAUCGAGCUUGGUCGUUAUGCUGAGAGAGAAUUCAAAGAAAGCCCUCCGAAUCAGUCAACCAAGGACCUGCAACCAACAUCAGCAGAAAAAGACAAAAAUAUCAAAAAAACUGAAACCUCUGACGUCAAAAAAGAUUCUCAUAAUGAAGAAGAGCAAAAAGAAAAAUUAGUAGAACACAUAGAAAAGGAAGCUGGAGAACAGAAUCUCAGAGGGCAACGACAACAGAUGUUCCAACCAUUGGUUGCAGAUUUCGAGCAGCAAGCCAUGCUCAUAUCUAACCUUUACUAUGAAAUUAUGAAAUUGAUUGAGGAAAACAAUGCCAAGACUGGGCAAUUGAACGAAAUGGAGCACUGGAUGAAAAACAAAAAAUCCAUCAUCGACGAAUCGAAAGCUCAGUUGAAGAUGGCUUACAAUGAAAUCAGAGUAUUGAAAGAACAAUCAGAAUUGGAAAAUUAUGAGUAUGAACAUCAGACAUCUUCAACUCAAAUCGAAUUAGAACAAGCAAAGAUGGAAAUUGUUGAGCUUAACGUGCUACGUGAUUCAAUCAAGAAAGGUGGCAAUGUGCUCGAACGUCGAACAGAAGAAAUGUCAAGGAAGCUAAUUGCUGAGAAAAUGCAGAACAUUCGACUAUCACGGACAUGCACAGUGUUGAGAGCUCGCGUUCUUCGUAGCGAAGAAGCUUCACAGAAAAUGAAAGAGAAAAUAGUUAAAAAUCGAACAAAGAACGACAAGCACAUAGCUAAUCUGCAAUAUGACUUGGAUUUAACUUGCAUGGAGUUGGCAGCUAUGCAACAUCGGGUAAUCCAUUCUAUUCCAUUGAAGCAAUGGGAAGAGCUUAUGACGAAAUAUAAGAAAGUUAUCAAAAAAGAAUUUGUUGGAACGGAUAAUGUUGAGAUGGCAAAAACGUCGAUUGAAUUGGAAGAACACGAGGUAUCAUUGGGCAAGAGCAUGGAGGACAAGACAUCGAAUGAGCAAUUGAUGGCCAAAAACGAAUAUUUGAAAAAGAUCAUAUCUGUUUUAACGGAUCAAAAUGAAUUUUGGAACAAAGAAACGGAAUCGCUUCAAAAGGAAAAUGAGGAGCUCAAGAAGUUCAUUGAAGACAUCGAAAAUGAAUCUGAUUUGAAGAGCGUUUUAGCCGCGAUCGAACAUCGUCUGCUGUUCACGAUACGAGAACAACAGGAAACUCUCUUUGAUCUACAGAGAGAGACGAGAAAGAAACGAGAUUCAGAUGAGUUUUUGGCUAAAAAUCGACAAGAAUGGAUGGCUGAGAGGAAGCGUUUCGUUCACAUGGUUGUCAUCCUUCAAAGAGCAUUACAGCAACAGCGAGCUAGUAAUAUGGCAUCAUUCACGUUAGAACAAAUGGAGAAGCUUAAAGGAAAAAUAGCUGAAACAUUGAGAGUUGAAGAGAUAGCGCUGGCUAAGCGUCGAGAAGCUGAGGAGAUUCAGGAAAAGCUUGAAAAUCAGCUGAUGAAUCAGACGAAUUUGGAUAAAGCUCGUAAUGACUUGAUAGGAGAAGAUUUGAAUCGUCAACGAGUUGAAAAGAUGUUACAAACAGCAUAUACGAAUAUCAGCAAGGAGACAACGAAAUCGGAAAAAAUUGAAAAAAUGAUAAAAGAGAAAGAAGAUGAGAUUAAGCAUUUGAAAGCGAAAAUAGAAGAUGUGGAAAAGACGAAUGAUGAAUACUUGCAAGUCAUCUCAAGCAUGAAUGUCGAACAGAUUUUCAAAAAAAUGGAUUUCCAUUGGGAGAAAGGAGAAAAUAAAACAAAAACAAUUGAAAUAGCAAAUGUGCUGGAAGAAGCUGCGAUUAAAGAUGAAACAGAUUAUGAAAUGGACUAUGACAGUUCUGGAAGUAGCGAUAAACUAUCAGAGCGUUUAGUUGUCAAAACAAUCGUUCAAGAUAAUUCCGUGGAGUUUAAGCAGAAGCUGGAACAGAUGAAACAAACGGCUGAAGCUGCUAUCCGAGGAUACAAAGAGCAGCUAACUCAAAAAGAAGCGGAAGUUGCCAGUUAUAGAGAUUUGCUAUUAAUCAAAAUGAAUGAACCAACGAAAAUGGUUAGAGAGAAAGAGAUUGUAACAAGAGAGCUGAGAGUACCGGACGAUGAAGCUGAAACGAAACUUAAACAAGCAGCUGGAGAAAUCGCGCGAUUAAAGGCAGAAGUUGAGGAACUGCAAGUCUCAAAUAAGGACUUGUACCGGAAUCGGCAAUUUAUGCAGACGUCAGCUAGGAAAACUGUCCAUAAUACUUCAGUUCAAACGGAUAUUCAAGACGACGGAGAAGAGGACGGAGACGUGGGAGUAGGAAGAAUAGGAGACAAUAUUAAGACUUCUGAGAGAAGCUCAAAGAAGUCUCUAAGUCAACUGGAUGAGUUUACAACCGAAAAGCAAGAUGAAUCUCUCAAAUACAAAAAUGAAAUUCGUUUUUUGAAAGAACGACUUAAGAAAGCAGUUGAAACCAACAAUAGUUUAACGAGAGCUUGUCAGAAAAUCAAAGAUGAAGCAAUGGAACAGCUAGAUGCUAAAAGACGCGAUGAUAACAUGGCGCAGGUCUCUGCCAAUCACAAUAUGGAAGUGUCAUUGAGAAUGGAAAUAGAGCAGCACAGACAAGAAGUUCAAAAACUCAAAAAACGUCUUAUGGAGAGAGAAAAGGAAAUUGUUAGUUUGAAUCAAAACAAGAUUCAAUUGAAGAAAGAUAGUGAAGAAGAGGUUAACAAGUGGAAUGAGCGCAAGCGGCUGAUGGAGAAGCUGGAAGUUUCACAAAAAAAAUUGAAAGAAUCCAAUGAUCAAGUUGCCGAAUUUAAAGAUCGAUUGGAAAAGAAAGAAAAAUAUUUGGAACAGAUCCGAACAGAAGAGCAAUCAUAUGAAAAGGAGAUUCAGAAGAUGAGCAGACGAUUGAAGGAAAUGAGAUCAGAACGAGACUCCGCUGUCUUUGACAACCAUCAAUUAGCAAUAUUACGAGACAAAAUCCAGACUUUACAAGAACAGUUGCACGGGAAAGAUAAGGAGUUAUCCCAAAUAUCUUCCAACUUUCGUCGAAUCGAUAAGGAGAAUUCGGAGUUGAAAGAACGAAUGAGAAGUCUCACGUUAUCUUUGGAAUUGACUAAGAAAGAGAAACAUCGAAUGAUAGAAAGCUCAUCUGAGAGCCAGAAGAAGCAAGUCACACCAACCGUUAAAGAAGUACGAGAAGUAAUAAUCAAGGAUAGUCAGUUGGAUGAAGUCUUGAAAGGAACCCGGCGACAACUCCGUCUGAUGGAACUAAAAUACAAGGAAUGUGAUGAGAAAUUGAAACAAAUAUCUGAUCAGCAUUCAAGCUUGACGGAAGAGUAUUCUAAAGUAGUCAAGAAACUGGCUUCGCGAGAUGAACGAUCUACAGGCGCUGUGGUUGUAUUAGGAGAUAAACUUCAAGCUAAAGAUAAGGAAAUUACUCAAUUGAAAUCGCGCAUAUCUUCUCUGGAACGACGUCUUUCACAAUGA